AAUAAAUGAAAAAUCCUACGCUUGACAUUUCAGUGUUAUUGGUGUUAUUUAAGGUUAAGUAAACUUAUGCAAAGUAAUGAUGACGGGUGAACAUGCGUUUACACAUUGUCAGAUCGAAGAUUUUUUACAUAUGUAGUUUUACAUUUAUGUGUGCAUAACCUAACUUUUAAGCAUACUUUUAACGUGAUUUUGGUUUGUGAUAGAUUAAAGAACUCAAAUGGCACAGGGCAAGCUUAAAACAAAAGCAAAAUUACCAGGAAACAUAAAAUCAAAACAAAAACCCAAAGGGGGUGCAGUCACCAAACGAGCUAAUCGACCAAUUAAACCAAAAAAAGCAGGCAAAGAUGAAAUAAGGAAGCUGAAUCAAAUAGUAACAAAAACUGUGAACAGUGCAAUUGAACAGGAUAUAAGGAAUAGAGCUAUUCCAAAACGACAGACCAUGUCAAAGGCCCAACAGGCUGUUUCGGAACAUCACAAGAAAUCAGCAGGCAGUAAAACCAUAACUUGA